CCGCGCUCUGAAAAUGGCCGAGUCGGAAGAGGAGGUGGAUGUCUUGGUCCAGAGAGUUGUCAAAGAUAUCACUAACGCUUUCAAGAGAAACCCGAACAUAGAUGAGAUUGGUCUCAUACCGUGCCCAGAGGCUCGCUACAACAGAAGCCCCAUCGUCUUGGUGGAGAAUAAGCUGGGAGUAGAAAGUUGGUGCGUAAAGUUCCUCUUGCCCUAUGUGCACAACAAGCUGCUGCUCUACCGACAACGCAAGCAGUGGCUGGACCGGGAGGUGCUGGUGGACAUCACUUGCACACUACUGCUGCUAAACCCAGACUUUACCACAGCUUGGAAUGUCAGGAAGGAGCUGCUUCAGUGUGGUGUGCUGAAUCCAGAGAAAGACCUCUACUUGGGUAAAUUAGCACUGACCAAGUAUCCUAAAAGCCCAGAGACAUGGAUACACAGGCGGUGGGUGCUGCAGAUGCUGCAGAAAGAGUGUUCUCCUGCUGGCUCAGGGCAGAAGGAGCAGCAGGGUCAGGUCGAGCCGCAGGGGGAGGCUGAGAGGAGCUGGCACACCGAGCGGCUGCAGAGAGUACUACAGGAGGAAAUGAGGGUGUGUGCGGAUGCUGCCGGCCGUUACCCCAGCAACUACAAUGCCUGGUCCCACCGUAUCUGGGUCCUGCAGCACAUGGCCAAAGGCAAUCUAAAGAUUCUUCAUGAUGAGUUGUCCUCCACAAGGCUCUGGGUGUCCAUGCAUGUGUCCGACCACAGCGGCUUCCACUACCGACAGUUCCUGCUCAAGUCUUUGCUGGGUGAGCUGGGUCAGUCGUGGGAGAGGUUGCAAUCAGGGGCUCUAAACUUAUCCCCCCUUCCCCUGGCUGAUGCCCUUCAGGUCCAUCGGUCUAAUGGAGAUGGCACGGCAGGGGCAGCUGACGACCAUGCUAGUGCUGUCCCUCAGCUCUUCCACGAGGAGAUGGAGCUGUGCACUGACCUGAUUGAGUCAUACCCCGGUCACGAAACACUGUGGUGCCACAGACGACAUGUGUUCUACCUGUGGCACCACUGGCGGAAGAACAGUCAGGGUACAGGACCUCAGUCUCCAGUGCUCACCCACACUGCCGCUCUGCUCAGUGAAGCUUCAGACCCGCACAACGAAGGCAGGAGCUCACAGGCCAUGGACGUGGACUGUGUGCCAGACAGCAGCAAGCAUGGAGGCUACACACAGAACACCAAGCGGCUGAAGAGAGGGCCUGUGCCUCCCUGCCCUGGCCUCCCCUCUGAACAUUUGUUUGUUUCAAGAAUCCUCAGUAGUUGCCGAAGCCCAGAGCAAGGCCGUUUUGCCAACGCUUACAGGAAGUGGCUGGACUCUGUCAUAGGUCAGUAGCCUGAGAAACCCUUCUCCCACAGGGAAGUGGGAGCCCUGAUAGGUCAACUUAGUUUUUGGCACCAACCACCUACACCCUGCCCUCUGAAAGCUGCUGGCCUCCAGUUUGUCAGUCAGCAAAUUCCCCUUCGUGAUGAAAACCAAUGAUGAGCCUCGGCAGAGUGACACUCGUCUGAUUUGGCUGGUCUGCAGUGUCCGCUUUAGUUCAGGUACUUGAUAUCUUGAUAUCUCAGGUCUGUUUCGAUAUUUUGCCAGUUCUGUGCAACUUUUUAAAUAUAAUUUUCUUUCUCAAGUUUUGCUUUUUUUGUUUCGUUUUAUUUUUGUUUUUCGUCUUCCACAACUUACGACUGCAGGAUGUUCUCAUGAUGCUGCCUUCAGUUGUAGAGUUCCUGUCGAGAGGCUUCAGUGCACACUUUAGAGAAGUCUUGAAGCCUGAAGUUAUCCUGACCCACUUUUUUUUGUUUAAUCAAGAGCAUACAGGGCCUGGAUGCCUGUCUCUGUCUACUCUUUGAGCUUUUGUACUGGCGCAUACAAAUUUCACAGCAUUUUGCUAGAAUCCGACUCAGCAACGUGAGCACAAUCAAGGAUUUUUACAGCUUCUCAAAAUCAUGUACAACAACAUAGUAGGUCAAGCCUUUUGUGAUCAAUAUUUAUUAAUACUUUUGUACGCAGCUGAUGAAUAUAUGGUGGAAAUGGGUGGCGUCCUUGGAAAUUAAGAUUUUACUUAGGUUUUAUCUGUUGCUGUAUUAGUGGCUCAGGCCUCAUUCAACUCUAGACUCUCAUAGAAGCACAUUAACUUCACUCUAGAACAGUGAAGAUCAUCUGGCCAUGAACAUCAGAUGAAUCUCUGCAUUUAAGCACAAACUGUGUUUUUUAAUCCAUUUUACGUAGUGUAGUAUCACAUGAUUGUGGGUUUUCCUUAUGAAGGGGAAUUUCAGCAUUUGCAAUAGAGCCCAAGUAUAUUCCUCCACUCAUCUGUAUGUGUGGAUGGCAUUACCUUAUUAGAAUCAGUACAAGCUACCAAGUUGAAGUCUAACACUUGUCGAAUGGUGCUUAUUUUCUGCACCCACACAACAAGGCUUUAACAAGCCUGGGUUGACAGAUGCUGCUUAUCUUUUAACACUACAUUGACUUAUAUUUAUGCAAAAACAAAUCUGAUGUAAAAUUUCAUGGUAGCUCCACUGCUUCACUCAUUUCAUGAUUUAUUACAGUUAAUGAACUCUUAGGUUGACCUAGCCGAGCUGUAGUAAUUACAAACCUCUUGUAAUAACUCUAGAAAUUGCGCCGUCUUGUAACAGUAGCGGAAGUGAUUUAUGGCAGACGUUUAGAGGUCUGGAUGUUCGAAAUGACCUUGUCAAUCUUAUGAGUUAUGUCACUUUCAGACUGGCUCUAUUAUCACCUUACUGCAUAUGCAAAGUUAUUUGCUGGCAAACUGAAUCCAUUUUUGCUUUGUAUUAUUCUGACACUAAAAUAUUUAGAAACAGUCUGACAUGUUUUAGCAUAUCUACAACUCAAACAUUUUGAGAUCAGUUCCUCAGAUACGGAUUGAGUCAUUUAGUAGACUAAACACGAUAAUACUGACAUUAUAAUUUAGUGCAGGACUAGGCUUAAGCUGUGUGAAAAACUGGACCUUAGAGUUAACGAGUUGAAGCUUAGUUUUAUAUCAUUCAUCUUAGGAAAUAUUUGCGUAAUUGCACAGUGACUAUACAUUGAAGUGUUUCACCUCCAUCCUUCUGUAGUGACUUUAUCUAGGGCUAUUUCAGUUUGGCUUUUGAUAUCUGGCCUUUCUGGAGUGUCUCUCUCACACCGUGUUCGCUCUGAGGUGCCGUAGCAGUCUGGAGUGGUAGGUUUCUGGUUUUUUGCUUGGCAAUAAAGUCCAUUCUUCCUUCACGCCACUUUCCCUCUGUUGUGUUGAAAACUAUGCUGCCUUCUAUCCAUUAUCUCUUCGCAAAAGGAAACUUGUUUUUGUUCAGAAGUGUCAUCAGGUGCUCAUGUUUCAUUAUAUCAAAGUUUAUCGUAGAAUUUUUGGUUCUGUUCUCAGCACGAACAGAUUAUAUAGAUCAGAACCGUUAUGAAGGAUCGCUUCAAACAGUGAUGAUUCUUUGUUACACUAAGCACCACAUGCUUAUGGUUGUGACUUCUAUUCAGUCCCUUUACACCAAAUUGAGACUUGCCAUUUUCACCUGAGAAGUCUUCUUGUUACAUGUCUUACUUGAAGAAGUUGUCAUGUUUCUGGUAAAGUGAAAUUUACUGGACUUUUUUUUUUUUUCUGCUUCCAUGGUCCAAGCUGGCACAAAAAGGAGAAAAAUACAGCUCCUGCUCUUCCUUUCCAUGAACUGUCUUGCUUUUUUGUGCUACUACUAUACAAGUUCUGCCACUGUACCGACUAUCCUCAGUCUUGUCUAGACAAAAGUCUUAUCUUUUUCAGGGCUUCCACCUUAACUCUAAUCUGUUAUCUUGCUCAAUUUUGAAAGCUCUAACUUCUAACAGCUCGCAGUAUGAUAAUUUGUGGUCUUAAAGAAGCUGAAAACGUUUGCAUUUGUGUUACAUGUUAAUUUGUUUUUUCUUUAUGCAUCACGUCUGUGGAUCAAAUGGCAUAACGCAACAUGAAGAACUGAGCUGAAACGCACUGGUGCAUCUAUGCAGAUACAUUCUCAUAAAUUUCAUCAAAUGUUGGGAAGAAGAAAUGUAGUUUUGUUUUUUGGAAUUUUCCUUCUCGUUUUAGGUAAGUUUACAUAAGGUACUGUAGUUUUUUUUUGUUUUGUUUUUUUUUUUUUAAACCACAAUAACUAACAAAUCUAGCAUCUCAUCAAUGUGUCCUAUAUUUAUUUGUAGAUUUAAAAAGAUGUAUAUCCACAGUAAAUGUUUUGUCAGUUGCCGACCACAAAUAAAACUGGAGAAUCUUA